ACACCGGGUCCGGGCGCAGUGCAGGGAGCCAUGUCUCGGCAACCAAUAAUACUACAUCUACGUAACCUGUUACUGCUCGGCAACCACAUUGCUAGCUACUAUAGUUGUUCGGGCCAGAGAGCAAGUGCGCGUCAACACCACACAAGAUGCAAUCUGCCAAGGAGCUCGUCCUCCGCUGCCUAUGGGUCUGCACGGAGGCCGAGCCCGCCCCCGCCCCCGCCCCCUACCCCGCCGUCGCCCCCGCCGUCGCCCCCUACCCCGCCCUCGCCCCCGCCCUCGCCCCCGCCACCAGCGAUGGCCUGCAGGCGUUCUUCCUGGGCCUGAACAAGCGCCUUGCCGACGACGACGACGCCGGCAGGAGCGGCAACCUGGUCACGUCGCCGCUGUCUGUCUACGCGGCCUUGUCCCUGGUGGCAGCCGGCGCCCGCGAGGGCACCCUCGACGAGCUGCUCCGUGUCCUCGGCGCGCCUUCCCGGGACUUCCUCGCCGGCCACGUCCGCGCGCUGGCGGAGCACGUCCUCGCCGACGGGUCCCGGACGGGCGGCCCCCGCGUCAGCUUCGCCUGCGGUGUGUGGCACGACAGCACGACGCUCCUCCGCCCCGCCUACCGCACCGCCGCCGCCGAGUCGUACAAGGCCGUCGCCCGCUCCGCCAACUUCCGCCAAGAGCCGGAGGAGGCAAGGGAGCAGAUCAACGCAUGGGUGGCGGCCGCGACGAACGACCUCAUCCCCUCCAUCCUCAGCCCCGGCGCGCUGUCCAGCUGCACCGUCCUGGUGCUCGCCAACGCCAUCUACUUCAAGGGCAAGUGGGAGAAGCCGUUCGACAAGGAGCUCACCGAGGACGGCAAGUUCCACCGCCUCGACGGCACCGCCGUGGACGCGCCCUUGAUGCGCGGCUUGGGCCGGCACAGCAUCGCCUGCCACGACGGCUUCAAGGUGCUCCAGCUCCGCUACGUGCAAGGCCGCUCCUCGCCGGGCCAGCCGCAGCCGCCGCCGAUCUACUCGAUGUGCGUCUUCCUCCCCAACGCGCGCGACGGGCUCUGGGGGCUCACCGACAAGAUCGCCCGCGACCCUGGCUUUCUGCGCAAGCACCUGCCGUGUGACGACGUCCUGGUCGGCGACUUCCGGCUGCCUAAAUUCAAGGUCAGCUUCGGCGUGACAAUGAAAGGCAUCCUCCAGGACAUGGGGCUCAAGGAGGCGUUCGAGCUGGGGAAGGCUGACCUGUCCGACAUGGUGGAGGACGGUGCAGGGAAGCUGGCGCUGCACAAAAUAGUCCACAGGGCCGUCAUCGAGGUGAACGAAGAAGGCACCGAGGCCGCGGCCGCCACCGUUGCGACUAUGAUAUUGUGUUCUUAUAGUGUUCGGCCACGUGUGGACUUCACGGCUGACCAUCCGUUUGCCUUCUUCGUCAUCGAGGAGGUAUCCGGUACUACCCUGUUCGCCGGGCACGUCCUUGACCCCACAACGAACUGAUAGGGGAGGAAAGUGCAUUCAUGAUUGGAUUUAUAUUAAUAUGGAUUUCUCAUUAUGUCUA